GUACACAUUUAUAUUAUGUUCAGAUUCUAAAAGUUUUAUACUUCAUGUUUGAAAAAGAAGCGGAAAAGGAGAAAAACUAUUGCGCAGCUAUUCCGCUACUCUCACUUCUUUUUAAACAUACCAAUGUGUACAUUGGUGGGACGCACUUGAGUGCUGAGUGUCAAGUGCGAGAAGCGACUAUAAAUUCGAUCCUUAUUCUCGGCGCAGUAAGUAUAGUCUAGAGGGCGCCAAAAAUUGCGAACUUUCUUCGGCCGCGAGGUCCCAUAAGGUUGCCAUUCUUUACUAAUAUCUACUCGGUGGUAAAAGAUUCAAAUAGAAAUUAAUUUCUCCCACGACAACAGACGAUCGACAAACUUAAUGAUAGUGAAUUAACGGAUUCGUUGAAAUUCCAUUAAAAUACUUUCUAAAGGAAGAAAUUUUAACAUCGAGAUUCCAAAAUUACGCGGCUGACCGCUGCUUUCACUAUUUAUGAUAAAAAUCCAUUGAGAAUCAACGAUUCUCCUAUUCUUAAAUGUAGUGAAAUGUUUUUAAUAUAAGUGACCAAAUGAAAAAAUUCCAGGAAUUUUACAUUAUCCAGGAGACAUCUGUGAAUUUUUUCAAUAGAUUUCAGUUAUUGUAAUCGGAGAUAUUAUAAUAAUGAUGAAAAUUGCAAAUAGAUACAUGCUGAUAUGGACGAAUUCAUAAUUUCGCUAAUUCUUUUUGAAUGGAAGCUGCACUCUAAAAAUCUGAAAAGAUUCUAUAAUGUACAGCAUAGCCAAUAGUAUAUCUUUGAAUAUUUUCGAAAUUCUGACUACAUCAAAACUGGAGAAAAAAAAUAGGAAUUACAUAAAAAUUCAUUACUUAUGAAUGUAUUAUAUUUAUCUUGUAUACAAACGCGUAGAGAAUUAAGGCUCUGAGGGGGUGGGGUUGAGGCUAUAUAUAGGGGUACACUGUCAGCCUGGGGUAUCAGUCGGUUCCCAGUUCUGGCCGCACCUGCUCAGGAUCCAAUAAUUAUAAAAAUGUUGCGGCUGAUUGUGGCUAUAUCUGCGAUGCUGAUGUUAUCAGCGGGUCAGUUUCAACCCUCUGGAAGAGUUCUAGAUCCGCCGGUACCAGCCCUUUGCGCCCAGAGAGUGAUUCACGAGCGUUUCAAUGGUAAAGGAUACUACUAUUCAUGGGCAGACCCGAGAACCAGCGGCCAGGAAGUCGACUGGUUGUCCGGCAGGAACUUCUGCAGGCAAAGGUGCAUGGACCUCGUGUCGUUGGAAACCUCGGCCGAGAACGAGUUCAUCAAAAGUCGCAUCGUUCAAAACAACGUGAAGUACAUUUGGACUUCCGGCCGCCUAUGCGACUUCAAAGGAUGCGACAGGCCUGACCUGCAGCCGUUGCACAUAAACGGUUGGUUCUGGACCGCGGAGCUACAAAAGUUGGCCCCUACCACCGACAGGUCCCAGAACGACUGGUCUGAGAGCGGCGGCAUCGGCAAGCCGCAGCCGGACAACAGGGAGGCCGUUCAACAAGGCGGCGCCCCCGAAAACUGCUUGGCCGUGUUGAACCAAUUUUACAACGACGGGGUCAACUGGCACGACGUCGCCUGUCACCACAAGAAGCCGUGGGUCUGCGAGGAGAACGAAUCUCUCCUUAGAUACGUGCGAUUCACGAAUCCGAACGUACGCGUCUAAUCAACUUUUGACCCUUCAAUCUUUCAGUGCUGAAAUCGACGUUCUUUAUUCUCGAUUUUUUCGUUUUUCUCAAUUACUCCUAAACUACUAAACUACGAGAGCUAGAGGAAAAUUUUAAAGGAAAUCAUUUGUAAGCGACAGUUACAGCUACAACUUCUGUUUGGAAGUCUUUUUCCUGGAAUCAAUAAUUAAUGAAUUAUCGAGGAGAAACGGUAAUUUAGAAUGAUAAUUUUAGAUCAAUGAUGAUACGUUAAUUUAGCACUGAGGAUUAAUUAGAACGGGCGAUUCGUUGAUUUAUUUACAAAUAGAUGUACAAUUAUUAUAAGUAAAUUAUUUCACCUAUGUAAGAUGAUUGUUCAGGCGAUCGAAUAUUUAAAUAUACAAUACAAUAUUUAAACUGUC